UUGAAAAUCUACUUAAUAGUUAGUUGUAUUCAAUGGGCUAAAAUAUAAUGACAGUUGAUGAAUUUCACUGGAUAUAAACUAUAAUAUAAUACACAUAUAAAUCCAAUAAUGCACACUCUUAAGUCUUUUUAUCUUUGGAAAUCUUCUUUUUGUCUAAUGAUUUGCUACAAGCAUGUUUUUUUACUAAUGGAUCAUCACGUUUCGGAUGUUUGUUUAUUUCACACUCACUCAUCGUUCAGUGUAUCUAUAGAAAACGCAGUGUAAUACAAUCAUAAUACAUUUCGUUUGUUUUUUGUGUGUGCCGGCCAUUUUUUUGAUUAACGCUCUCCUAACGUAGUCUCGUACAUUUCUGUUUCUGAAUCUGCUCGUAUUAUCCAUAUCCUACGUAUUCAAACGUUGUACGAUCUGUUUGUAAAUUUAUGAUUUGGAAUUUUAUAUCUGUUCAAAAUGGAUGUGAGUUUGGACGACUUGAUCAAAAACAAAAGGUCGUCAUCCCGUGGAGGACGUUGUGGGGGCGAAAGACAAGGCGGCUCCAGAGGUUUCAGUGGCGGUAAACGCGGUGGCGGAACAUCGUAUUUCCGAUCAAAUGACGCAGGUGGAAGUGGUGGCGGUCCUAUGCGCAAAGGAAGAUUCAUGGCAAGGCAUUUCAAUGGAUUUACUCCUUACUCGAAGGGCGAUGUAAAUGCAUUAUGGACCCAUGAUAUGUAUGAAGGACCUAAAAGACAGCAAAUUAGAGAUGGUCUUUCUGUUACUAAUAUUCAUAAAAUUAUUAUAUCAAACUUGGAUUUUGGAGUUACAUCUACAGAUAUACAGGAGCUAUUCAAUGAUUUUGGUCCAUUGAAAACUGCAACAGUUUAUUAUGAUAGAUUUAGUAGAUCUUUGGGAACAGCUGAUGUUGUAUUUCACAGUAAAAAUGCCGCAUUAAAAGCAGUACGUCAAUAUAACAAUAUACUGCUUGAUGGUCGCCAUAUGAAAAUUGAACUUGCAAUUGAUUUAUCGACUGUUGCCAACCUUACUACUCGUCUUAGUAGACCAGCUUUAUUGUCUGUACGAUAUAUUCGUGGAGUAAGAUGUAACUGGGACAAACGUGAUAAUAUUCGUGGUAACUCCAGAGGACGUGGUCGUCGAGGUGGCAGGAAACGCGAAAAAAAAAUGCCAAACAAAGAUGAAUUAGAUGCACAACUUGAUAGCUUUAUCAAAAGCAACAAUAAUUGAUUUCAUAUUUAUGUUUUUGACUUUUAUUAUAUUUUUAAGUAAACUAAUGUUCGACAGUUUAA